CGAAUGUUUUGUUUUAAUAUAAUCGAAACGAUGCGUUAUUCAGCAAAACUUAAUGCUUUAAGUACAUCAAGAUUUCUCUUCCUGCUUCGUAAUAUAAAUCUCGUGACUUUAUUUUCUUUUUAGUUGUACGUUUGUCUCCACAGGUGAACCUUGUCUGGGGGUCAUGUUUACAAACAAAAUGUUGAAGCGUACAUUCCUGGUGCUCUCUCUGACGUGUGGAUACUUAAUUCAACUUAGUUAUUCAAAAACACGGUGUCCUCAUCACUUCUGUAAGUGUACCCAUCGGAGAGUGUCCUGUGCGAAACACGGAGACCGUUUAUGGUACAUUCCAUCGCUUCCAGCGAAUACGGAAGUGUUGGAGUUCACGGGGAAUUCCCUGCCGUCUGUCACUCGAGACACGUUCCGGAAUAUAACGAAUCUCCGGCUAAAGGAACUGGUACUCGGAGGGAAUCAAAUUAAGAACAUUUCAAGUGAUGCCUUUGGAGUUUUCAGUCAUUUAACUUUCUUGGACCUCAGUGGGAAUCAGAUUUCUGUGUCGAUCCUAAAAGAAAGUUUCCAGGGACUUCGUCACAGUAAAUUAAAGAAAUUGUAUCUGAUCCAGAUGAAUCUCCCAGACUUGCCAGAUGACAUGUUUUAUUAUCUUCAGAAUGUUUCCACUCUUGAGGGAAUUUCACUUAAUCAAAAUAAACUAACAAAGUUUUAUGGGCGGGUGUUUUCAACCUUGCCAGGAUUAAGAAAUAUCGGCCUCAACAACAACCACAUAAAUAAAACAGACUUUGAAGGUGCACACCACUUACAAGUUAUUCGGAUGCGCUAUAAUAAAUUACAAACGGUGCCGACCUUUUGUAACUAUUCAACGUCACUAGUUCCAAACUUAAGGGUCAUCGAUUUAGGCCAGACCCGUAUUUCUGAAAUUAACAGAAACAAAUUUAGAGGCCUAUGCCUUCCAAGACUUCGAAAUCUUACUUUGGAUAGCAAUCCCCUCUCUGUCAUUCCAAACAACACAUUUUCAGAUCUACCUUCUUUGGUGCGUCUUUCUUUAAAGUAUUUACUUUCAAACAAUAUUGUUUUUGAAACUACAUGUUUCAAUAGCUCUUCAUUGCGCCUUCUGUACAUAGCAAACCACAUGGACAUGUUUCCGGAUAUCAAAGCUCCAAUUCAACCAAUGUCAGAUUACAAAAACAUAUUUCGAUACUGCCGCGAAUUGCAGGUUCUGGACAUGACAAAGAUUCGACUGACCACCUACGAUGGAGUGAUGCUUUACGAACUCCUGCACCACUUGACCAAUCUAACCAAGCUUAUUCUACAAAGCACAUCCGCCCUGACCCUCCCAGGAAACUUGUUUUCAAGAAUGCCAUUCCUGAAUUCCCUUAACUUGCAAAAGUGUUUGCUCAGCAAAUGGGAGAGUUGGGUAUUUCAAAAUGUUACUUCGGUUAAAACUUUAUAUCUUGAGGGCAACGAAAUUGCUAUAAUUAACAAGACCUCUUUCCCCCAAGAAUUUUUGAAAAACAUCGAACGUCUGUCCCUGGGAAAGAACCCAUAUCUUUGUACGUGUGACUUAGUGUGGUUUCGGGAAUGGAUUAGGAACAAUACGAAAAUUCUGUAUCUAUGGCCGUAUGCAUAUCAGUGUAAAUCACCCCAAAAAUGGGCAGGGAAAACUCUGUCUGAGUUCAAGUUGUCCUACUCAGAUUGCCAUCCGUUGAACCCUUACGUCAUUGCGGCGGCUGGGGUGUCUGCGGCUCUAGUCCUAAUCGUCCUCGUUGGCAGUGUGGUAUAUCAUUAUCGAUGGCACAUUAAAUACUACAUAUAUUUGAUGCGUGCCAGGAAACGUGGAUACGAACCGUUACAGGGUGAGGACGAUUUCAUGUAUGACGUUUUUGUUGCUUAUCACACUAACGACCGUGUCUGGGUUAUUUCCGAGUUAAUUCCGUGUUUGGAAAAGAAAGAAAAUCUUAGGCUUUGCCUACAUGAUCGAGAUUUCGAUGUCGGCAAAUUGAUUAUUGAUAAUAUUACUGAAAACAUUCACGGAAGCCGGAAAGUGGUCUUGCUAUUGACCAACAACUUUGUCCGGAGUCACUGGUGCAAGUUUGAGAUGACCCUGGCCCAGGCGUUAGACGUGGAGGGUGGGAGGAGCUCUCUGGUUGUCGUGAUGUUGGAAAACAUUGAAAUUCAAAAUAUGUGUAACUCUUUACACGUUCUACUGAAAACAACAACUUUUUUAGAAUGGCCCACUGAUAAAUCUGUAAGGGAACUUUUUUGGAGAAGACUUGUGGCGUCCGUUAAGUCAUAAUUUUAUCUUACAGUCUACUAGUCCAUCAUUCUACUAGUCUAUGUAUUUCAUUUUCAACAUAGGUGAUAUAUGGUAAAAGGGUGCUUAUAUGAUUUAUAUAAAUAUAAUUUUGAAAUGAUGAUAUUUCAAUAAAUAUGCCAUUAUAUUUA